AAUGAAGCUCGUUCAGGGACAGGACGUGUCACUGUUCCAUAUAUGGUCGAAGCUCCGCCCAACAGCGCGUCAUAUUCUGACAGCGCGCAUCCCGUGGGUUUAGAGUUUUGGCUCCCGGGAAAGGUUCCACUCCUCGGGGAUAGAGGGUUGAGUUUUGUAUGCUUCCAUCCCAUUCUGCAAGACGCUAAAGGCCUCUCAUCAACCUCUCCUGCGUCCAGGAACACCUCCGUAGUAAUCGUUUCGUUUAUUUUGUCUUCUGGAGCUGGAGCGCAUUGCCAGAAGUGGUCGAUUCAACUGAAGCUUUUUUUUUGUUGUAAAUGCUUGUUGUAUGAUGACUCCAGCUUGAGGAGCCAUCACCAAAAACAAAAAAGUUUUCUUCAAACGCAUUUCGAAUAAAAACUAGAAUAAAACAGAAGCAACUACAACCAUAUCCUGCUAUUUGAACGACUCCUUCAACGACUAGGACCGCGUUCCAACCAGCUACCGAGAUAGACUACAGUAACCCACUCUGUGAAUUGUUCAUGUCGUGCCAACACAGGACGGGCUCAAGGAGACAGGACUUGUGAACUCAACUGGGACCUUUUAUUUCGUUCUACACGUUUUAACUACAACAAACUUAUUUUACUGUUAUUUGUCAACCACCAAGAAGGAAAGAUUGCUCUUCAACAACUACCUUCCUAUUAUUCUCAUUUGCCUGGAGCGGGUUUGUACGAAACUGUUUUAAUGUUUGGAAUUCAGGAAAAUAUAGGCUUACCUAGAGGAGGGACGACAAUGAAAGAGGAACCGCUGGGCAGCGGGAUGAACUCGGUCCGCUCGUGGAUGCACACAUCUGGGGUAGUGGAUGCGAACACAGCCGCCCAAAGCGGCGUGGGUUUGGCGCGGGCACACUACGAGAAGCAACCACCGUCCAACCUCAGAAAAUCCAACUUUUUCCACUUCGUUCUUGCGCUGUAUGACAGACAAGGACAGCCGGUGGAGAUCGAACGGACAGCUUAUGUGGACUUUGUGGAGAAGGACAAAGAACCAAACAGUGAAAAAACGAACAAUGGGAUACACUACAAACUACAGUUACUGUACAGCAACGGUGUCAGAACAGAACAGGAUCUUUUCGUACGAUUAAUCGAUUCCAUGACAAAACAGGCUAUUAUCUAUGAAGGUCAAGACAAAAACCCAGAGAUGUGCCGAGUGCUUCUCACACACGAAAUCAUGUGCAGUCGGUGUUGUGAUAAGAAGAGUUGUGGCAACAGGAACGAGACUCCUUCAGACCCCGUUAUCAUCGACAGAUUCUUCUUGAAAUUCUUCCUCAAGUGCAAUCAGAACUGCUUGAAGAAUGCAGGAAACCCACGAGACAUGCGCAGAUUCCAGGUUGUUGUAUCAACAACGGUCAACGUGGACGGUCACGUCCUGGCGGUCUCAGACAACAUGUUUGUCCAUAACAACUCCAAGCACGGCAGAAGGGCUCGACGUCUAGACCCUUCUGAAGCAGCUACCCCCUGCAUCAAAGCCAUCAGCCCAAGUGAAGGAUGGACCACGGGAGGAGCCACAGUCAUCAUCAUAGGAGAUAACUUCUUUGACGGACUCCAAGUCGUGUUCGGGACGAUGCUUGUGUGGAGUGAGCUGAUUACACCCCACGCCAUCAGAGUGCAGACCCCACCCAGGCACAUCCCAGGAGUCGUGGAAGUCACCCUCUCCUACAAGUCCAAGCAGUUCUGCAAAGGAGCUCCUGGACGAUUUGUCUACACUGCUUUGAACGAGCCAACCAUCGACUACGGCUUCCAGAGGCUACAGAAGGUCAUUCCCAGACAUCCAGGAGAUCCAGAGAGGUUACCGAAGGAGGUGUUGCUGAAGAGAGCAGCUGACCUUGUGGAGGCUCUGUAUGGGAUGCCCCACAACAACCAGGAGAUCAUCCUGAAGCGAGCGGCCGACAUCGCCGAGGCCCUGUACAGCGUCCCGCGUAACCACAACCAGAUCCCCUCACUGGGCAACACGGCGUCGCAUGGCGGCAUGAUGGGGGUGAACUCGUUCGGCAGCCAGCUCGCCGUCAACGUCUCAGAAACAUCACAGGGUAAUGACCAGGUAGGAUACAGCCGUCAAACCAGCAGUGUGUCCCCUCGAGGCUACGUCCCCAGCAGCACACCACAACAGGCCAACUACAACACCGUUAGCAACAGCAUGAACGGCUACGGCAACCCCAUGUCCAAUCUGGGAGUACCCAGUUCACCAGGCUUCCUCAACGGCUCCUCUGCCAACUCCCCCUACGGCAGUAAGUAUCAAGUAGUGCCGUCGAGCCCCACCAUGGCAGCCUCUUCGGUCAGCCUCUCUACAAACUGUAGCAGUACACACGGCAUUUUCUCAUUCUCACCUGCCAAUGUCAUCUCUGCAGUGAAACAAAAGAGCGCCUUUGCCCCUGUUGUAAGGCCCCAAGCUUCUCCACCACCUUCUUGCACCAGUGCAAAUGGCAAUGGACUUCAAGGGAUGUCUGGCCUCGUUGUCCCACCCAUGUAAAACGAACACUCUUCUCCCCUCCCCCCGAGCACCAGUCGUCACAAAAGGGGCUGCAGAGGGACUUGUUUAGUACCUUCUAGAAGAUUCUGGUUGAAUCUGUGUCAUCAAUCAUGAAUAGAAUCAACAACAUAUUCUGUUUAUUCAGAGGAGAGAAAAAAAAAGACUUGUUUCAAAAGAUUUUAUUCAAACAAUUAUGAAUUGUGACAUUCAAGCCACUCUGUCAUUUAACAAUUUAAUUUUAUUGACUGAUUUCUUGUCAUAUUUUACCAUUUCUCAGUCUUGAUGAAUGGAAGGAAGAAACAUUGCUAUUUUGUAUAAAAGUGUCUGGUUUGAUCUUGGCUUUGUCUAGUUGUUGCUAUGUGUUGGGAGAAUCUUUGAGGAUGAUCAAUUUGAUGAACAACACUGAUGACAAUACCUCAGAACACGUUUCUCUUUACACGAUGCACAAGAGUUGAGCGUCUCUAUAAAUGUGAAUUCCUUAUUUCUUUCUCUUUUUAAUUUGUGGUAAAGAGAAAAGGGGGGGCCAAGACAGUGUGAACACAUUUACAACUGGAAAUAAUAUGAAAUAUAUGAUUUAAAAAAAAAUGCAAACAUAAAAAAAAAACAUUAACAUGAAGAGGUAAAUACAAAAUAAUCUGAUUGGCUGACAGAGGAGAUUUCAUCACGGCGACUUACUUUAUCAACAAAAAAAUAUCACGUUCUAACUUAUUGUAAGGUAGAAAUUGUAAGUCAAUGAUUUUUAUUUAAAUAUAUUUUGUUGCCUUCAAAAAGCACACUAACAGAGAUGAAAAGCUACUGUCUGUUGGUAAAAAUAAACUACUUCCACUUCUGCAGCUUACAGUUAAGCAAGUGUGAUCUGCAAUGUUUUUCAACUGUUUCUGCACUGUAUAAUAUUCCAUUCUUAGGCUACUGUGAAGUCUAUGUCUCUUGUAUCAGAAGGUUGUCCAUUUAACUUCUGUCUCCUUAUCCCCCUAAUGUGUUUUUGUAUGUGGUUAUACAAUUGUAGACUUUUGUGAUUUUGCCAAAGUUGUAGCUAAAUAUUUAUACACUUGUCUUGAAUUUUUUUCUCCAGAUCCACUUAAAAUAUUUAGGACGAGAGUUUUAAUUCCUUCUAGAAACAGCGGAGGAGGGUAAAUCAUCGUACACAUUGCAACACUUUAACGUAAAACACUCGCGGUUACUAAGGGAAUAUUUUGUAACAUAUCAAUUAUAAAUAUUGUAUUUAUCUUCAAAUUGUUUUUUGUAAAAUUGCUUUUCGAUCAUUUAAUUUGAUCUUGUACGUAUUGUUUGUCAUGGCCAGAUAUUGUGAUAUAAUACAGAACAUUAAGCCAAUAACUAUUCACUACAUUCACUUAUUUUUUAGUUGUUGUAUCGAUAGAUCGCAAUGUCUAAACAUUUAAUUUGUAUCUCAAAUUGACAUUUUACUUUGUCAAAAAAAUAAUUCAUUUUGUUGGUCAUUAUUUUUUUUUAUUUUUUGAGGGAAAAAAAAACAGUCAAAAGUUCAUUGUUUAUUUUUGUAUUAAUAUAAGUUAUAUAAAACGAAAUACUUUUUUUUUUUUUUUGAAUAAAACUGUUUGUUGUAUAGUCAAAUGACUUGUUUGUGACACACGACUGUAUCGAUAAUAGUAGACUGUGUGCAUGUCCAGCCGCCCCCCUCCCUGCCCCAGAGGUAUGAUUCAAUUCGUGGUCGUACAUUUUGGUUUUUCCUACAAUGUAAAAAGUCAUUUUUACCUGCUACCCCAUAUCACUUAGCAGAACUGUCUUAAAAAACAGGGAUUCAAAAAAUAAAUAAAAAACACACAUGAAAAAAACAUCUAAUCUGGAUUAGAAAAUACAUGUUAAGAAUCACUGAUGUUUAUUAGAAUCUGUCAGGAGGAGCUCUUUGGAAGGCCUGAGAGUGAUCUGCUGGUCGAAGGACAUCAAUCUGUACCUACACCACAAUGCCAAUCCUUUUGCUCCAUGAACAAGAAUCAAAGCACAAACAUUGUUUACUGAAAAUAAUAAAAUAUAAUUAUGGUGACCCCCUUCAUCUUUUGACCUUUUUGUUGUUGUUAAUGUCUGGCUUAAUACUCCCCCAAAAAUCAGAGUGAACAUCUAAAGAGAUGUUGAAGAGAUGCACACAUUCACUAUCACUAGACAGAAUGAUCUGUACGGAACAUUCCGGAGAAACUCCAUCAAAUACUGUAGCAUCAUACUGUAGCUAAAUUCACUCAUCCUUCUUCUCCUCCUUAUUCUUCUUCUCAUCCUUCUUCUCCUUCUUCUUCUUCUCAUCCUUAUUCUUCUUCUCCUUCUCCUUCUUCUCCUUCUUCUCCUUCUUCUCCUUCUCCUUCUCCUUCUCCUUCUCCUUCUUCUCCUUUUCCUUCUUCUCCUUCUCCUUCUUCUCCUUCUUCUCCUUCUCCUCUUCUCCUUCUUCUCCUUCUUCUCCUUCUCCUUCUUCUCCUUCUUCUCCUUCUUCUCCUUCUCCUUCUCCUUCUUCUUCUCCUUCUCCUUCUUCU